AGCAAAAAAUAUACCCAAGUUCUUGAAGUCGGUAUCAUUUGCAAAUAAUGCAAAUUAGAGUAUCCCAUAAUUUUGUGGGUCUUUUGACCCUUCGAGUCAUGAAUGUUGACAAUUUUCAGCCGCCAUUGUUCCAACCUCAAAAGUCAAAAUAGAUAAAUAAAUGAAGACGUAUAAAAACGUCGAACCCGUACAAAUUAUUUUCCUUUUUUGACGCUUCAACUCUUCUUCGUAUUUGCUAGCGUUUUCAUCAAGCUUUUCUACCAAUUUUGAUUUGUAUUAUUGGUAAGUAGUUGAUGAUGGAUAUUAUGACUGAAAAUCCUGGCAAUUCAAGUACAAGAUCGAGCUCAAGUGUUGAUUUGAGUUUAUCUGAUACCGAGGAUGACCAUACAAUUGCCCAAUUGUUGGCAGAGGAUGAAAAAUUGAGUAAUCCAGGAAAUCAGCUUGCCAGGAAGCUUUCUCAUCUGGACUCAAUCCCGCAUACACCUCGAGUUAUCAGCGAUAUUCCUAAUGCGGAUGAUGCAACCUUUGACCAUAAUCGGUUAGCUGACAGAUUAAACACAUAUGGUUUGGCUGAACUACAGAUCGAGGGAGACGGUAAUUGUCAGUUUCGAGCAUUAGCAGAUCAGUUGUUCCACAACCAAGAUUACCAUCGGCAUGUGCGAAAGGAGGUAGUCAAGCAGCUAAAAAGCUUCAGAAAUUUGUAUGAAGGUCAUGUGCCAAUGAAGUAUAGACGCUACUUGAGGAAGAUGAAAAGGAGAGGAGAGUGGGGUGACCAUGUGACCUUGCAAGCAGCAGCAGAUCGAUUUGCAGCCAAAAUUUGUGUGGUCACCUCUUUUCGUGACUCUUGCUAUAUUGAAAUUUUGCCUUUUGACAAGAAGUUCCAUAAAGAAAUUUGGCUGAGCUUUUGGAGUGAAGUCCAUUAUAAUUCAUUGUAUGACGCUGGAGACGUACCAAGCAGGGCACCCAAGAAAAAAUAUUGGCUGUUUUAGAGGUUUCAACAUAGUAUUGCUGCGACUAACCCUGCUUGAACCAUUUUAAGUUUCACCACCGUCAUGGUUCAAGGGUUAGUCGACUCGGGACACCGAGAAACUCUACUACUGUUGUGACGCAAGUUGACUAAAUGCUCACUACGCAGACAUAAUGGAUCUAUUGAGACUAUUCAUAAUGUGUCGAUGCCAACUGUAUGUACGACUUUAAAAUCUUAGUGAGGUCUUACUUAUUGUAUUCAAGUUAACUCGUUUUUUUUCUCUUCGUUUUCUAAAAGUUGUAAUAUAUGUAGCCUUAAGAACCGAACCAAUCAUAUACAUUACUAUUUAGAAAAUGUUAUAGAUGUGUAGUUAAUACUUGGUAUCUUGUUAUAUUUAGCUAACUUGUAGGCUGGUAUUAGAGAUUUGUAAUAGCUAACGAAUGGUUACUAUUUACUAACAGUAUCUUCUUUUUAGUCUUUCUUAUAUGUAAAAGUGGUUGGAUGA